AUGUCCGCGUCCAACAUCCGGGUAUUCGUACAAUGGAAGGACUCUACCGUGUUCGCCGGUGAAGACAUAGAAUGCACUAUCACAUUCAAGAAUGUAGCCCCGCCUGAGGGACGCGACCGCUCCCCAGUUCGGGGGCAGAAUGGCUUCGCGACGGGUGGGGAGCGACAGCGCAAACUACCACCAGUUCACUCGUCGACAAGACCUUCGGUAUCCCGCAAUUCGUCCUUUGCCUCGCAGUUGCCGCCUUCACAGGUUCGCGGACACCGUCCUGCACUAUCACUACACACGCCGUCGACAGUUGGGGGACGCCGAUCGCCGGUUCCGCCGAGCGUCAUACAUGCGAACAACACGGGAACACCCAAACACGGGAGGUCCGUGUCCAUCGUGUCUCUGGGGACAGAUGUCGGAACCGAAGUCAGCCAUGAGAGGGGCAUACCAAUUCGACGGCCAGCAAGAGGGCACGGAAGAUCAGCAAGUCUGCAGGUCGUGCCUGGCAGGCCAAACUCAUAUCCAAUUGCCUCACCAGGUCAUCGAUCAGCCACCCAUCCCUCUCCACUAUCCGGCGAAGCGUCGUCUCCAACAGUACACGAUGCGAACGAUUUUGCCUUUCCCGCGCGUCAGACCAGGAGACGGCCUGGUGUUACAACCACUCCAAGCACCCCAGCUCUCCCGGCUACAGGGCGGAAACCUUCCAACUCCUUCUCACAAAAUUUCAAGUUCCCUGCCGCCCCUCCGCCCGACGAUGCUACCGCACAGCCGCAAUCUAGCAGCAGCCCUACCAAGCAACCGAUACACGUACGGCGCAACUCGCCCCAACCACCAUAUGACCAUCUGCGGGUAUCAGGGAGCGCUAAUCUCGAGGUGCUUUCGCCUGUUGCACGCAUAAUAUCUGGGUCGAGCUUGAAUGACACUCCGCGUAGUAGUGGAGAGUUCUAUUCGAUGAGCAACAACUCCAACGAGACACUGGCUUCGGAAUAUGCAGCUCAUCCGUCUGCGCGUCUGCUAAACCGUCCCACGUAUCAGCGGCGAUUAUCGCAUUUGGCACCGUCCAAUAGACAGGCUCUUCCAGAGUCAAUAAUGAUGGGUUAUGCGCAGAUAAUGGGUUCCUUUACGCUGGAUGGAUCCUUGAUCAACCAGGCACCUUUUGAAGAGGUAAAGAGAAAAGGUGUAGUAGGUGGUCAAGGUGGAGGCGGCGUUGUAGGAGUAGAGAAGACGAAGCGCGAGAGUGGGCUCUUUGGUGCGCUAGGCUGGGGCAACAUAGGAGAGUCGCUGGGUGGACUCCUGGGCGCAUCAGAACCAUCAAGUAUCCGAGAGAUGAGAGGCGUUGCCAGCUCCAAGACCGUCCCGCUCAUCACCACACCCCAGUCUAUUCUAUUCGUUGAUUUGAGGCUUGCGCCUGGGGAAAGCCGCAGCUACACGUACAGCUUUACAAUACCCCGAGGUCUCCCACCUUCGCACAAGGGGCGGUCGAUGAAGGUAGCAUACAAUCUCAUCAUUGGCACGCAACGCGCGGGCUCCACCAAAGAACAGCAAGUGAAGCAUGUCGAUAUCCCGUUCCGGGUAUUUGGCAGUGUGAACAGUCGCGGCGAGAUUCUUGGGCAUGAUCUCAUGUCUCCAUACAUUAUAUUGCGCGAUCAAGCUCGAACAGCCAGUAUAGACCCCUCGUCGGGUGCGAAGCUUUCUCCUACUAAGAAGGGUGCUUCUUCGGGCAAGGCGGAAGAAAACACUUUCAGCGACUUCCUAGAAUACGUCGACAACCUUCUAGAUCGACCUAGACAAAAUUCUAGCAUGGGCUUGCUUUCACCCACGGGUACCAUGCCUGGGCGGUCAUCGAUUGCUGAAGAACCUCAAACCAUGAAGGAGGCCAUCGACACGGCCAUCUUGCGCAGUAAUUUGACGGGCACCGCGAACCAAAGUGCCAAUCGCUUUGAGAUCGCUCGCAGCGGCCGUCGUGUCGCGGUCAUCAUGUUGGCGCGACCCUCCUACCGGUUAGGUGAAACGAUGACUGCAGUAAUCGACUUUACAGACUCACGCAUUCCCUGCUAUUCCAUACAGAUCUCACUUGAGACUUCCGAGAAGGUCGAUCCGGCCAUAGCACUUCGCUCGAAUGCUUCGAUAUACCGCGUCACGAAGAAAGUGCACGCAUCCUUCUCAGAAAACGUGCUAUUUGCGCAAAAGCUUGCUUUCUCGCCUACGAUACCGCCCAAUGCGACGCCAGAGUUCAUUACUAGCGGGGUCAGUCUGGAGUGGAAGCUUAGAAUCGAGUUUAUCACUCCACGAUUAAUGCAUGAGGACGGCGAGGAGACGACACGGGACGAUCUGUUGGAAGAGAUUUCUAGUGACGACCGGGGUGUCAUACUAGCAGCGGCGCAACGAUUACCGGCUGAGAGCUUCGAAGUUCAGGUACCAAUACGGGUAUAUGGGGCUGUGAGUGGGGCGCCUGAAGCACCCGAUGAACAAGGACUUCCUGUGUGA